CGCAGGGGCCGUGGGGGACACGCCUGACAUCCCGGAGGAGCCGCUCGACCCCCUCCCGGGCCGCCGCCGCCCGGCCCGGUUCCGCCCAGCUCCUUGCAGCCCCGGGCGUCCCUCCCACAGGGAUCUGGCGCGUCCCCGCAGCCCGCUGCAGCGCUCUGUGCGGAGGUUCCUGGAUUUCCUAACGUGUCCGUGUCAGCUCAGCUCCGUUACUAAGUGGACGUGAUUCAUUAAUGUUAAGGACUCUUGUUGCUGACUCGCACCAUAGCCACUUUCUGGUGCCUAUGAUGUCUCGUAGCCACUUGGUUUAAAGCACAGAUCUAAACUGUCCCCAUCCUCAUGACUUCUUCACCAAGCAUCGGAGAUUAUACUGUAGAGAGAAUGCCCAUUGAAUACAAAAGGAGACCAACUUUUUUUGAAAUUUUUCAGGCGCGAUGCCGCACAGCAGAUUUAGGACCAAUAAGCCUCAAUUGGUUUGAAGAACUUUCUUCAGAAGCCCCACCAUAUAAUUUUGAACCUCCAGAAGAAUAUGAAUAUAAGCCCCACAAUUAUGAACCACAGCUGUUUAAAACACCACAGAGGAAGACCUCUUACCAUCAGUUGGCUUCAACCCCAAUAAUAUUCAAAGACCAAGGUCAAACCCGACCACUAGACCAGUCGCCUUUCAGAGAAUUAGGGAAGAUCGUUGCAAGUAGUCAACAUAAAAAUCACCGCAGAACGAAGGCCAAAAUGGACCCCAUGGUUGAUGUUGCCAGUCCACCUCUGAGGUCUUGUCUCAGUGAGAGCCCUCUUCCUCUGCGAUGCACACAGCUUGUGCCACCAGGAGAAAAGCCAGUGGUGCGUGGAAGUUUAUUUUCUACACCAAAAAUUGAGGAGGCUCAGACACCCAAACCUAUCUCUGAAAGUCUCGGAGUUGAGGUGGAUCCUGAUAUGUCUUGGUCAAGUUCGUUAGCCACACCACCAACGCUGACGUCCACUGUGCUCCUAGCCCGAGAUGAGGAAGCGCGAGGAACUGUGUUUCCUGAAGACUCUCCUGCUGUUUUGAAAAGCUACUUUUCCAACCGCAAUGAAAGUCUGAAAAAGAAUGAUAGAUCAGUUCCCUCCGACAGCCAAAACAAAACCCAGGGGGAAGCUUUCAGUCACAGAUUGGGGAAAAUGUUAGGGGAUUCAUCUGGCAAAACAAACAGCUUCAAAGACUGCCUUAGAAAGUCAGUGCCAAAUGUUCUAGAAGAUGGGGAGGCAGCCGCGUAUACUUCUGAAGAAGAUAGUUUCUCCUUAUGUUUUCCUAAGCACAGAACCAGAAAUCUACAAAAAAUGAGACUGCGCAAGACCAGGAAGAACAUUUUCAGUGAAGUAGGAACUGAUGAGUUAAGUGAGGAAGCCAGAAGACGAGCUGAGGAGACACAGCCAUUUGCACUUGAAAUCGAACCUCGCGAUAGUGACCCCUUAGCCCCCGAUGUGAUGCAGCAGAAGCCCUCUGACAGCCGCCGAAGUGAGGAGCGCUGCCAGGCGCCUGUGCGGCCCCCAGACAGUGGGUGGUCUCAGCUAGCCCUCUCCGGGCUAACUGGAACCCAGCCGGGAGAAAAACCUCCACUUCCUAUUUCUUCUUGUAACCAAAGUAGUUCAGAAAAAGACUUCAUAGAUAUGAAGAAAGAAGGUAUUGGCUCUGAUACUUCAGAAAACUCUCUGCCUCAUAUUUCUAGUUUUCCGGAACCAGAAAAGAUGUUCAGUGAGAAAACUCUGGGAGGUGAGGAACACGGACAGCGCCUGGAAAUACAGGAGGACCGCAUUGCAGGGGAGCAGGCAGAGUCUGGAACUGGUCAAGCAGCCUGCCUCUUCCAGAGCAUCGGGAAGUCGGUAUUCCAGAUGAGAGAGCCUCUUGACCAGUCUCCGGGCACGGUUUUCUCAGAGAGUGCGGCCAGCUCGGCCUGUACAGAAGAACCCGGAGCCUCUGCAGGUGGCCAGGGACUGUGUGCUGUGUGCUGCUCAGAGAGAGAGGAUUCUUUGUGUCCUGGUUCGGUGGACACCGGGAGCUGGCCAACGCCUCUCACUAACACGUCUGCAGCUGUGAAACACUCGGGCUUAAUAUCCACUCUAAAAAGUAGAAGGAGAAGGUUUAUUUACUCUGUAAGCGGUGGUGCGUCUCAUCAAGGAGAAGCAGUGCAGGCAGGCGGGCAGGCCGAGCUCACUACCCCUUCAGCUCCGUUUAGCAAGUCGAACCAUUCACUUUACAAAGCGGAUUCAGGUUUAUCAGAUUCUUCUGUCAAAGGGAGCUGUUUGCAGGAUGAUCCUGAAGAGCCAUCUUCGUCCUUGACCUACUCUUUUGUGACUGCUUCUGAUACAGAAAGCAGUUACACUAACAUGUUGAUAUCUCAGGAUCUCAAUGGCAAAGCCGCAGUAGUCAGUGGAGAAAAGCUGCGGCCAUGUACAGCCCUGGAAACUGAUUGUCUGCUGUGCGUGCCAGAAAACCAGUGUGAAGAUGAUCAGAAGAGCCCAGAAGUUUCAGAUGGAAAAGAAAGCGUCCUGGUGUCAGCAUGUCGUCCUGCAGCAGGUGCAGCAGGUGCAGCAGGUGCGGCAGGUGCAGCAGCAGUGCAGCCCAGCGGCAUCAGCUCUGCAGUACAGGAAGACCCUGCCGGUGGCCGCAGCAGCACAAGUUCUCUUAAAGGACCGCCCAGCUUGAAGGGGCCCCUGUCCCAGCCAGUUGUGGUUUCCAGAGGAAGAGUGUCGUGGGACGUGCCAGAGAAGCUGCGGUGUGAGAGUUGUAAAGACGGUAGUGACUUAAGCAGACACAUUUCCUCGGGGGACAAUUGUAAAACCCCACCUGGAAAACAUGUAACAGAAGCGUCCCCUCCAGUGAAGUCCCAGUUCAGUCAGAAUACAAAUCUGGCAGUCAUAAAAAAGGACCGAGAAGAAACGCUUUUUAUUGCAGAAGUAGCAGUCAAUAUAAGUUCUGAACUUUUCCCAGACAGUGAGAGUAGUUUUGCCUUUCAGGUAACUCAAGAAAGUAAUAAGUCUGCUUUAGGAAGGACCGUGGGACCGCAGGAAGAAGACCUCAGCCAAUCAAGCGGGCCUCAUCUCAAGAGUGCUCCCACAGCAGCAGACGGAGACAUGGGUGACGAGCAAACAGCCCGUGCCUUGACUACAAAAGCCUCAGAUUCCUCAGCUCUGGUCCAUGCGUGUUCAAAGAAGAGUAGAAAUACCACAGAGCAGCAUCUGAAAGGAACUGCAGACAAGGAUUUAGAGUUGAAUUCCUCACUGGAUGUGAAAUCAGAUGGGACCGAUGGGUAUACAGACAAAUGGUCAGGAUUCUUGGAUCCAGUUUUUAGCCAUAAUUUUGGAGGUGGCUUCAGAACAGCUUCCAAUAAAGAAAUAAAACUUUCAGAACAUAAUAUCAAGAAAAGCAAAAUGUUCUUCAAAGACAUUGAAGAGCAGUAUCCCACUAGGUUAGCUUGUGUUGACGUUAAUGCCACACCAUUAGCCAACCAGAAGAGACUGAGUGAACCUUCCACGUUAGAUCUGCAGCCAGUUACUGCUGUGUCUGCACAUUCUCAGAGUCGGGCAUCUGGUUCUGGUGAAGAUACUCACACAUCACCUCAGGUGUUAUCUUCAAAGCAAGAUUUCCAUUCGAAUCACAAUUUAACACCCAGCCAAAAGGCAGAAAUUACAGAACUUUCUACUAUCUUGGAAGAAUCAGGAAGUCAGUUUGAAUUCACACAGUUCAGAAAGCCAAGCCAUGUAGCACAGAAUAAUACACCUGAAGUGCCUGGAAACCAGCUGGUUGCCAUGCGAACGGCUUCUGAGGAGUGGGAAGAUGUUGAUCUUCAUCUCACAGGGGCUCCCUCCUCCUCCUCCUCCUCCGUAGGUCAGCCAGCUCCCAGCAGGAAAUGUGGAGGUUCUGUUGGAGGUCGACAAAGCUUCCCUUGCCUGUUGAAAGGCAGUUGUAACAAGAGUACCUCUCGUUUCUUAACGAAUGUAAAUGAAAUGGCGUGUGGGGGAUUUCAGUCUGCUCGGGGCACAAAGCUUAGUGUGUCUAGUGAGGCUCUGCAGAAAGCUGUGAACCUGUUCCGUGACAUUGAAAGUGUUAGUGAGGAGACCUCUGCCAAAGCAGACCCCAGAGCUUUCUCUUCAAGUGCACGGCAUGAUUCUGUUGCGUCACCGUUCAAGAUAAAGAAACAAAGCAGUGAUAAAAGUUUUGAUGGGAAGACUAGUAAGUGCCAAGUGACAUUACAAAAUAAUGCUGAAAUGACUACUGGUUUUUUUGUUGACAAAAAUCCUGAAAAUGGUGGAGGAAAUACAAAAUGUGAAGAUACCAGCUCUCCUGGUUCUCGGAGAAGUGCUUAUAAAGUAGAGCGCUCUGAGGGCAGGAAACCCAGUACAGGUGGCACAGUUCAUAUUCAUAAAGAUGACAGGGACUUACCACGAGCUGCUGAUCAGGGCAGUAAGUAUCCUGAGUCCUGUACCCAGUAUGUGAGGGAGGCAAACACUCAAAUUAAGGAAUGUGUAUCAGAUUUAACAUGUUUGGAAGCCAUGAAAGCCGAGGAAACGUGCUAUAUUCAGUCUUCAGAUAAAGAACAAUUACCUCCAGGUAAGAAGGAACAGAGUAUAAAAGAUUUUAAUAUAUCCUUCCAGACUGCAAGUGGGAAAAAUAUCAGAGUCUCCGAGGAGUCAUUAAAUAAAAGUCUGAAUAUUUUUAAUCAAGAAACAGAAGAAUUGAUCAUAUUUUCAGAUUCUUUGAAUUCUAAAUUUCACUGUGGCAAAAAUAAAAACAAAAUGGACAUUUUGUGUCCCAAGGAAAUUACCAGUAUUAAAAAACUACCAGUAUUUGAAGAGCAUUUCCCAGUUGGGACUGUCAGUCAACUACCGACUCUCCAGCAGCAUCCUGAAUGUGAACUAGAAAGUAGGAGAGAACCUACUCCAUUGGGUUUUCAUACAGCUAGUGGGAAAAAAGUCAGAAUUACGCAAGAAUCUUUGGACAAAGUGAAAGACCUUUUUGAUGAGACCCAAUAUGGUAGGGAAACCACCAGUUUUAGUCAUCGAGGAUCAAAAUCCUUGAAGGACAGAGAGAACUCCAAAGAAGGGCUUGCAUUAGCAUGUGAGAGAAUUGAAAUACCUGCCUCAAAGUGUGAAGAAAUGCAGGAGGAGAGCUCUGUCUCUAAGGAGGCCGCAGUGCCACCCACGCAGAGUGAUCAUCUGUGUGGGCAGACUGCAGACCUCAGGACAUCAGAUGGGACCUCUUCUAACGCUGAGGCUCAUGGAAACACAGACAGUGAAGGAGAACAAAGUCCUACAACCUGCUGCGUGAGUCAGUCGUCCCACUCGGCACAGGAUGCUGUGCUGGCAUGUGACACAGGACACGGUGGAGAAACUGGUGUCACUGAGUCUUCUCUAGCCAAAGGCAGAAAAGGGCUCAGAGAAGGCCUGGGUGAUAAGCUUGAAAAGAGAAAUGCUGCCGGAGUUGAGUGUGUAAAGGGACACACUGAAGGCCAUGCUGGAAAUGCCUUGUGUGAGCAUCCCCUCGACAGUAUCAGAAAUGCAGUUGGUACAAAUCGUGUCUCUGAAAAUCGACCUUCAGCUCUCUUUGGUGACCCUAGCGUGUGUCACAGCUGUCCAGCCCAUUCUAGUUUUUGUUAUUGUGAUAACAGGCGUAACGACUUGGGAUAUUUCUCAAAAAACAAUGUUGAUUCUGAUGCUCAGCCAGACAUGAAGAGAGCUGAAAACAAUGCCAUUUUCCCCAGCGUGUCUGCUACAAAAGAAGUAAGUACACACCCACAAACUGUAAAUGAAGAUAUCUGUGUUCAGAAACUUGAGACUGACUCUUCACCAUGUGCAAAUAAAAAUGCAGCCAUUGACUGGGCUCCUCCAGAUUCAAGGAGCUGUAAGCUAAGCCCACCUGUGGUCAUUACAGCUCAUUCGAAAGAAACCGUAAAAACAGUGGAAGAUAUACUCACAGAUAACUGCAAUAAAACAAUUAAACAAACCACAAAGAGUAAACCAGAUUCUUGCCAGACAAGCUGUCCUAAAGCAUUGGAUAAUUCAGAGGAUUUUAUAUGUUCUAGCUCUUUAGAUGAUGACUCACCUAAGACUUUUGUUUGUACCCAAAAUGAACACAUUGUACAGCAUAAGCAAAGUGUGUGUGGACUGGAGAGAGCUCAAAUACCUCCUGCUAAUUUGGGAGCUUGGGAUAGGUGUAAAUCUGUAAGGGAGCUCCCCCGGGCAGCCUGUGCUUCAGGCAGUUGCGGGGUUUUUAGCACCGCAAGUGGAAAAACUGUACAGGUAUCAAAUGCUUCAUUAGAAAAGGUGAGACAAGUGUUCUCCAAGGUGGAUGAUGGUGCUGAGCAGCCACCUUCCAUGGUGUCUCUGGACCACUCUGGGAAAAGAGAAAACUCCGUGGCGCAUCACCCCGAGGCUGUAUCGUCACUCCCAAAACCCUUCCCAAGCAAUGCCAGUUCAUCUGUCUUCUCUGGAUUUAGUACAGCCGGUGGGAAGCGGGUCACAGUUUCAGAAAGUGCCUUACACAAAGUUAAGGGGAUGUUAGAGGAAUUUGAUUUGAUCAGGACUGAACAUACUCUCCAGCAUCCAUCUACUUCUGCAGAUGUAUCAAAAAUACUUCCUCAGCCUUGUGUUGGAAAGAGAACCCCAGAAUACCCUGUAAACUCUAAGUUGCAGAAAACCUACAAUGAUACAUUCAGUUUACCAAAUAACUAUAAAGAAAGUGCUUCUUUAGGCAGUACUCACUCUGUUGAAGUUUCUCCCCAACUCUCUCAGUUUAAGCAAGACACACAGUCGGCAUUAGGAACCAGAGUGUCCCUUAAGAAGGCUUAUCUCCUGGAAAAAGAACAAACCUUACCUCAGAACAUAAAAACAGAAACCAGUCAAAUGGGAGCUUUUUGUGAUGUUCCGGUCAGCUCUACUUCUGCUAAAGAGCCAGAGAACUGUUUUGAAACAGAAGCAGUGGAGAUCGCCAAAGCUUUUAUGGAAGAUGAUGAGCUGACGGAUUCUGAACCAAGUCAUGCCAGAUUCUCUCUGCUUACCUGCCCCCGGAACGAGGCUCUGUUAAGUCUGAGAACUAGGAAAAGAAGAGGCGCGGAGGAUGGUGCAGUUGGACAACCCCCAAUUAAAAGAAGUUUGUUAAAUGAAUUCGACAGGAUAAUAGAAAAUCGAAGAAAAUCCUUAAAGCCUUCAAAAAGUGCUCCAGAUGGCACAGUAAAAGACAGAAGACGGGUCACGCACCACGUGUCUCUAGAGCCGGUCACCUGUGCGCCCUUCUGCUCAAGUGAAGAAAGGCCAGGAACGCAGAGUGUACGUUUUCCCGCUCCUGCUCAAGGACUUCUGUCUAAAGGGCAGCCUUCUGGGCGUCGGGCUUUGGAAACAUCUUCCGGUGGUGCUGCAGUCUCCCUCCUGCCCACCCACGCAGUCUCUGCUACCAGAGAUGAGAGGACGCGAUGCUCAGCCACCGCCAGAGCCGCCAAAGUCUUCGUCCCCCCUUUCAAGAUGAAAUCGCAGUUGCACAGAGAUGAACAUUGUAAUAGCAAGAAUAUGAAUUCAGAGAGAAAGAACCAGAAGAGCAGAGAUGGAGACAGCGAAGAUGUGCGUGACAGUGACGUCCGUCAGUUUAACAAGGGCAGCUUCCAUCAAGAGGCCACCGGACCUCUCACAGAGGGCGCUGAGGAGCCUUUAGAUUUAACGAUGAGCCUUCAGAAUGCCAGAGACCUACAGAGUAUGCGCAUUAAAGAGAAAGGAAGGCACCGUCUCUGUCCCCAGCCAGGCAGUCUGUAUCUUACAAAAUCAUCCACCCUGCCUCGGAUCUCUCUGCAGGCCGCAGUAGGAGGCCGGGUCCCUUCUGCGUGUUCUCAUAAGCAGCUCUACAUGUAUGGCGUGUCUAAAGAGUGCAUAAACAUUAACAGCAAAAACGCUGAGUAUUUUCAGUUUGACCUUCAGGAUUAUUUUGGUAAAGAAGAUCUGUGUGCUGGAAAGGGCGUUCAGUUGGCAGACGGUGGCUGGCUGAUCCCCUCCAAUGAUGGGAAGGCUGGAAAAGAAGAAUUUUAUAGGGCUCUGUGUGACACUCCAGGUGUGGACCCAAAGCUGCUCUCGAGCGCCUGGGUCUCCAAUCACUACCGGUGGAUUGUGUGGAAACUGGCAGCUAUGGAGUUUGCUUUUCCUAAGGAAUUUGCCAACAGAUGCCUAAACCCAGAAAGAGUGCUGCUUCAGCUAAAAUACAGAUAUGAUGUGGAAAUUGACAACAGCAGCAGAUCGGCUCUAAAGAAGAUCCUGGAAAGGGAUGAUACAGCCGCAAAAACACUCGUCCUCUGUGUUUCUGACGUCCUUUCACCAAGCACAAGUGUAUCUGAAGCCUCAGGCAGUAAAACUAGUAGUGCCGAUCCCAAGAGCCUAGACACGAUUGAACUCACGGACGGAUGGUAUGCUGUCAAGGCCCAGCUGGACCCUCCACUUGUGGCUCUUGUGAGGAGCGGGAGACUGGCUGUGGGUCAGAAGAUCGUUACCUACGGGGCAGAGCUGGUGGGCUCUCCUGAUGCCUGUGCACCUCUGGAAGCCCCGGACUCUCUUAGGCUAAAGAUUUCCGCCAACAGCACACGGCCCGCUCGCUGGCACAGCAAGCUGGGGUUCUUUCGCGACCCCAGGCCUUUCCCUCUGCCCUUGUCCUCACUGUUCUGUGACGGAGGAAGCGUUGGCUGCGUGGACGUCGUCGUUCAGAGAGUGUACCCUCUGCAGUGGGUGGAGAAGACGGCCUCUGGGUUGUACGUAUUUCGUACCGAGAGGGAAGAGGAGAAGGAGGCGGUGAGGUUUGCAGGAGCCCAGCAGAAGAAACUGGAGGCCUUGUUCACCAGAGUCCAGGCCGAGUUUAAAGACCGUGAAGAAGACAGAGCACAGCAGCGUGUGCUGUCCCGUGCGCUCACCAGGCAGCAGGUCCACGCUCUGCAGGACGGGGCGGAGCUCUAUGCAGCAGUGCAGAGCGCGCCAGACCCGGAGCACCUUGAGGGAUGUUUCAGUGAAGAGCAGCUGAGAGCCUUGAACAACCACAGACAAAUGUUGAACGAUAAGAAACAAGCACAGAUCCAGUCCGAGUUCCAGAAGGCCUUGGAGGCCGCUGAGCAAGAGGAGGGCCUAUCAAGGGAUGUUACACCUGUGUGGAAGCUGCGUGUGACAAGCUACGAGGGAGAGGAAAAAUCAUCUCUGUUGAGUAUCUGGCGUCCGUCAUCAGACCUACAGUCCCUGUUAACAGAAGGAAACAGAUACAGAAUCUAUCAUCUUGCAGUAUCGAAAUCGAGGAGUAAAUUUGAACGACUCAGCAUCCAGUUAACAGCUACGAAAAGAACUCAGUAUCAGCAGCUACCGGCUGCCAGUGAAAUCUUAGCCCAGGUUUACCAGCCCAGGGAGCCCCUUCACUUCAGCAGACUGUUAGAGCCGGCCUUUCGGCCUCCUUGUUCUGAAGUGGACCUUGUAGGAGUUGUGGUCUCUGUUGUAAAGACAGCAGGUCUUGCUCCUGUGGUCUACCUGUCAGAUGAAUGCCUUAAUCUAGUAGUGGUCAAGUUUGGGGCCGACCUUAAUGAAGACAUCCAGCCCCGUGUGCUGAUCGCUGCGAGCAACCUCCAGUGGCGCCCAGAGUCCAGAUCAGGAGUGCCGGCUUUGUUUGCGGGGAACUUUUCCAUACUCUCUGCCAGUCCAAAGGAGGCCUCCUUCCAGGAGAGAGUCAGCAGAAUGAAGCAGGCUAUCGAGAAUAUGGACACAUUUUACAAGGAGGCAGAACAGAAGCUUUCACGUCUGCUUCAUGGAGACAGUCCCCAGUGGUCCACCCCGACUAAAGCCUCCGCUCAGGCGCCCUCCACCUGCCCUCCUCUGGAGCUCCUUGCUACAGGAGGCCAGUUCGGCAGGUUUUCACCUAAUAGCGAGCAAAGCUAUCCAAGUCCUUUGUCACAUUGCACACCAAAAGAGAAGUCCGCACCCCUGGCUCAGGCAGCCCAGAUGGCAUCAAAGUCUUGUGACGGGGACAGAGAGAGUGAGGACCCAAAAACCUGCAGGAAGAGAAGAGCCUUGGAUUUCCUGAGUCGGCUGCCCUUGCCUCCCCCGGUCAGUCCCAUCUGUACCUUUGUCUCUCCAGCUGCACAGAAGGCUUUUCAGCCGCCACGGAGUCGUGGUACCAAAUGUGCAACACCUAGGGAGGAAAGAGAGCCCCGUCCCCCUCAGAGGAGGGCGCCGCUUCAGAAGGCCGGUGGCGCUUCUCUGCUGGAACAUGAUUCGGUGGCAGAUGAAGAGCUUGCCUUGCUCGAUACCCAAGCCCUUGGACCUGGCUCACCAGAAGGAAGUCAACAGGUAUUUCCUGGGGACUCUGCAAGGACCCCUGUGCCCCAAGGACAAGAGAGCCCCCAGCCAGCACAGAGGCCAGGCCAGCGUGCAGGACCCAGGUCCAGGAAGGAGUCUGUCUCGGGGACGGCAGAGACUGCCAUGACCAUGAUGGAAAACUAGCUGUUGAGUCUCAGCCUCCCAGUCUGUAAGGUGUGAACAGUUCCAAACUACACGUGUGUGUGACCAGACACAUGUCACAGCACAUUCCAGAAGUAUUUGUUUACAGAUGUUCUGCCUGCUUCUCUAUCUGUGUAACUAUUCAGUUGUCUAAAGCUGGCCAGAUGUUAACUAAUUCAAAAGGCUUUAAAUCUUUAUGAUUAGAUUUGAACACUACAAGCAUUAUUUUACAUGCAAAAUAAACACACCUUUGCUUUCCACUUGUUUCACUGA